CCAAUGGGGAAGGACAAGGUGGCGCGGGGCGGUGCCUGGUAUAAAAGGAAACUAGGACUCGCCGGCCGCAGGUCGCUCAUUACCUGAGCCGUUCCCGCCGCGAACCUGACAUGAAGAGCUUACUGUACGUAGCAGUGGCUAUCUGCCUCGUCGGCUAUGUCUGCUCGGCUGAGGCCGAAGAUUCGGCGAAGGAGAGGUUCGUCGCCCUAUACAGAACAGCCACAUACAUAACCAUCAGCACCAGCACAGUGAGCCAGUUCUACAUCUGCCAAAGCACAUCGUCGGCUGCCGCCUGCACGGGCCGCAAGCGCAGGAAGAGGAGGGCCGACAUGCUGCAGAAGGUCGCCCCCGAGCUGCUGGAGGCGCAGGCGGCGCAGCUGCAGGGUUCGAUGGCGGAGGACGUGGCGCCGGUCGAGGCCGGCUCCCGGGAGGGCCGGCUCGGCUUCACCGUCUGGACGACAUCGACCAGCACGAUCACGCUGACUACGACCAGCUUCAACUCGGCUACCACCAUCUCGCUCGUCUAUCUGUGCACGUCUUCGGGCGCGAGCACGGUGCCCAGCUGCUGAGGCCACCGCCGCGUCCGCCGAAUCCCGCCCCGCUUAUUCACGUGCCCCUGUCAGUACGGCCACCGGCUCCCACCGCGGCCGCUCGUCGGUACCAGCCGGCGACUCUCUGGCCGCAGCAGUUGUUGAUUUUCUGUUGUUAGCUUGUUAUGUACAUGUCUGUUGAAGCUGUAAUACAACCUGGAUGCACUC